AUGUCAGCAGUAGACUAUGCUCAACCCAAACUUCAGAUGAUGCUACCCAAACUUAAAUUAGGUCGAGUAAGAUUGGUCUGGCGGUUUAUGAUUAGCAUGUUGUUGAUUUUGCUGAAGUUUACAUAGACCAUCAACAUUUCCUAAUACCAGAUCCCUCUCAGUCAUUCCCAUCAUAGUCAUUUGCUUUGAGUCAAGUAGGCCGUACUUUCAACUACUAGAUUUUAAUAAUAUAAAAUUUGACUUGAGGAGUUUUUUAAUAGAGAUUUCCUAUAGUUGACCUUUGAUCUUAAAAGGGAUGAACUCUUUUCAAUGAAACUUAAUGUUUGUCUUGAUAACCUAUGAAACCAGCUUACAUGAUGCUUCAAUGUGAAUUAUCCUGGAAUGCACGAUCUCAUAGGAGACAAUGUCAGAAGGUCGAUCCAGUAAAUAGAAUUAUCUCAUGGAAAUUUUGCUAUUCGUAGACCUAUUUAUAGCAAAGUACUUUUUUCAUCUCCAGCUCUGGUCUGGAUUUCUAUUUAUCUUUUCUUCUCCAGAUAAUCUGCUCUUAAGAACCGUUAAUUGUCCAGGAGAUUUUCACAACUGAACUUACUCGUGCAUUGAAUCCCUCAAGUCGACAUGGUUGUCAAGAACAAAAAUCCACAGACCCCUCUUCGUGCUACAAUCUUUUGGAUGAAAAAUCCAUAACGGAGCAAAUGUAUCCUGAUAAUAAUCAUAUAUUUGUGAAGAGAAGGUCAGAUGGUAUCCAGAACAAUAUUGCCACAGUAAAUUUGGAGCCAGCUCUGACAUCUUUCCAUAUUGCCAUUAAGGUUGAGGACAGUUAUCAAUUUAAAGACUGCGGUUCACAAGAUUCUGAAAGAAAUGAUUGUCAGGAGCAGUCCUCUUGUUGCACUUUAUCCGCUCCCAUAUUGAAAAUCAGAGACGAAUUUGACGAUACCAAUUGUGUCUGUGAAGAAACUGCAGAACAAAUGAGCAUAUCGCCUUCUGACCAUCAAGAGCUUUUUACUCCAAAAAAUGUUUCGAAUCUUCUGCCAACGGCUUGCAAUGAUAAAAGUUUUUCCGAAGCUAGCAAUUUACUGGAAAAAGAAGUCCAUUCAUCUAAUGUAAGUCAGAAAGAAACGCAUUCAAAUGUUUUUUGUCUACUUCCUGGUUCACCUUUAUCUGCAUCCGUUGCCAGGGUGAAGGUUGAAGUUACAGAUGGAAAUACGGAUGUUCAGCUUUCAGAGGUAGAUGUCUCAGAAAUGCCACAGCUAUUGCAUCAUGGUCCUCAGGGCUCAGUGCAGACCUUCACCUGCUCAGAUAACUUGCUCCCUUGUGCUGUUCAAAACUCACAAGAGAGUUGCAAGAAUCGAGACAGAUACUCACAGGAGACGUCUGGCAGUGCCAAGGGUCAACUACGUGUUUCAACUUUGCCCGUCUCCAGUGCUAGAGCUAAUGUUGGAGCCUUGGAAGAAAAUCGUAGCCAUCAAGUCGUACCUGAUGGCAGUGAUAUUACAGAUAUGCUUUCUGAUUCAGUUUUACAAAUCGAUUCAACGACAGUCAAGAGAGAAAGAUGUGGAGGAAACCUUGUUGGUAGAAGUUCUGAUUCCCUAGACAAGACUGUAUGCGCGAACACAUUUUCUAGUAAAUUUUCUUCUUGUUGCGAUUUUCAAGUGAAAAAAGAAAGGAACACUAUAGGCUCAUACAUAUCAUCUAGAGGUGUCCCUAUUGGAGAAAAACAUCAAACACGUAGUCAUAUGGCUGGUCUACUCACUGAUUCUGUUUUGUCGACCUGUCAUGCAAUGGUGAAGGAUGAACCAUCAGAAGGAGAUGAUGUUCCUGGUACCCAUGAAACUAAUUCCAAAAAGAGUUCUAGGUGUUCAAUAUUUGGUUCGCCAAACAACACUACUGAAUUGACUUCCCUUCAAGCUGUAGAACGCUUUUCUGACGCCGGCAACUGCCAAAAUAUAAGCAGUUGUAGGGUUUCUGGUUUACAAUGUAAUCAAGAAACCACAAUAAGCUCGUCUGAAAUUGAUCUUCCUGCAGAUGCUCCGUUAGUUACUGGUGUGAACAAUACUUGUAUGACCACCCAGCCUCUAGUUUCAGAUGUUUCAGCUUUCAAGGUCUCUAAAAACGCUGAAAAGUUGCAAGAGAACUUGGCUGAUAGAACUUCUGGUUGCACUAGUGAAAGUUUAAGUGCCUUAUAUCCAUCGAAUAUCCUAGGAGUAAAAAGCGAGCCCAUGGAGAGUACCACAUAUAAUUUAUUUGAUCCUCAUUUGGGUAGUCUUUCUUCUGAUGUGCGAGUCGUUGAAGCUAAGAGUGAAGUUAUCAAUGCACCUUCUGUGGACAUCCUAGACCUUAUGCCACUCUCAGAAAGGAUGAUGAUGUUGACCUCAACCGUGGCUUCAGUUUUGGAACCUGCUAGGAAAUCGAGAUGUUUCAAAGAGACUCGAGUACAUGCUGUAACAGGACGUGACUCUGUUGACUCGUUGAAGCUUAAAUCUGAAACUUCCACACGUCGAAGAAAAAGGAAAAAGACAGCCACGUUAGUGCCAAUCUUCAUUCCUCUAAGUUCAUGCCACAUUUUUUACGAAAAUAUCUAGUGCGUUUCUUGCUCAAAUGAAAGAAUUGAUGCAGGGAUUCAGCUGAAAUAGCACUUGAAGAAGAUGCUCCUGGACUUCUCCAGGUUUUUCUUACUUGUUGUUGCUUUUGUUCAUUUAGCCAUCUUGUCGGUCUGAACUCUUAUUCUUAAACCUCUUGUCAUAAUAGGGAUUACUUGAUAAAGGUAUAAAUCUUGAUGAAAUUAAGCUUUAUGGGUGUGAAGAAGACAAUGAUGUACUUGAUUGUGCAUCUGAUGAGAACAGCUUUGAAGACCUUGAGGGUGUGAUAUCUAAGGUAUACAAAAUAUUUAUUCUGUGGAGAUUAUUUUGAUAUAGUUUCAGAGCUCUUGGACCUGAAUUUCAUUGUGUUCAAUUUGCUUCUUUAUGAUGCUUGCCCAAGAUGAUGAAAUAUGUGAUUAAAGGAAAAACGCAACUUUACGGUGGAAAUUUUCAUUCAAAUAUGAAAAUAAGUAAUAAAAGUUUCAGAUUACUUUUAGGAACAAAAAUUGACUUUUACGGACAAAAAAUAAGUUUGUAUUCAUUUAGUAGUUCCAAAAAUAUUCUGAGGACAUGACUCGUUGAUUCCCUGACGAGUUUCAUCAGACUCUUUGUGGUAGGAUUGCUAAUUUCUGCUCUGAUUCUAAUCUUAUUUUGGUUGGUGCCUUCAAUAGCUAGGGAAUUUCCAAGUAGUCUUCAUCAAUAUCGUGAAGUGGAUUUUAUUUAUAUCUUAUCGUAGGGCUUGGAUUCAUGUUUCAAGAGGGUGAACCUUGCGUACUUAUCUAUGGAGGACAAUAGUGGGUGUGUCAUUGAUGAUUAUUUUAGUUUUUUCUUUCUUUGAUUAUGUGAGUCAUUUGCUAAAUUAAAAUUAUCUGGCGUUUCCGUUUGAACUGACGCAAUGUUAUGGGACCUCGAAAUAUUUACAUUACAUCAGUGUGUUAGAGUUUUAGUUUUAGUUCCACCUCUAACGAGUCCUGAAAAUCGAAUCAUGUGUUUCUGACGCCUUGCAUUAGGAACCUUAGGAACAGGACUGCAAGAACUUAAUAAGUUUAUAAGACAUCACAAUAGGAGCAGAACUUGUUCAAUUUUAGUUAUUUUCAAUAUGAGGUUUAGAUGAAAAUUAACAAAAUGAACCGUAUUUCUUUUAAAUUUCUAUACUUAAAAAUAAUUAAAAAACUUAUAAGCUAAUAUAGGAUGCGUAGGAAACAAGAAAAUGACAUUUUUGACUAUUUAGUGAUGUACACGGAUGAGGUAUAAGUUGGCUGUAUAUCAAAUAUACACGGAAACUAGGAUUAUACUAGUUCAAGGUUUCAAAAGCUGAUAUCAUGCUAGGAUUUCUAUUUAUAAAAACAAAGUAGGAAUUAGCUAAAUGGUCAUUCUCAAUAUAACUCGUCUAGUGGAUAAACCACCUUACCGCCAAAAAUCAAAAUGUGUGCUUCUGAAUAUUGAUAAAGUCUGUUACCACUUUAGACAAGAAAACAUAGUAACAUCUUAUUAGUCACAAAAAAAAAAAAAAAACGGCUGCAAAAGAACGAGCCCUCAUAACAAUCUUUGAACUUCCUUGAAGUAAAUUCUGACGAAGAUUGACACUUACAGGAAUCUUUCUUUAAUCUGAUCAUUAGAUCCUGGAAAAUCUCAGAGAAGGAAUUAGAUUACAGACAGUCCUACAGUGGCUUUGUCAGUAAAAGGAUGUUGUGUGCCAACUGUUACUAACUUUUGUGAGAAGUACAAGGGAUUGGUAUACUUUACGCAUACAAUAUGCUCUUUAACAUUAUUUAUAAAAAAAACUUUACUAUUAUCCUAUUCCUGUCGCUCUCUAUUGUGCACACCUUUAAUGCAGCAAUUAAGUAGUCCCCCACAAUCUCAUCUCUUAUUAUUCAUCUAAUUCUAUUUAAUCUUCUUCAGAUUUUCUCUAAGCGGUCCAAUUCACUACUUAAGCUCAAUCCAUUACGACCUGGUAAAGGAACAAAGGCUGUUUACUGCCUGGCUUGUUUAAUUUCUCUUAUAGAGCAGGUAAUGAAGUGAUCGUGAUACACUUCUUUAUGGUAGAGAAUGUUCCCCAUUUUCUUGUUUCGUGUAAUUAAUGUCAAAAUUUCCAUUUUCUGGGUUUUCAUCACUCAGGCUCGAUAUCUACAAUUCCGGAAUUGUCCCGUGGAAUGGGGUUGGUGCAGAGACCUUCAAUCAUUUAUUUUUGUUUUUGAGAUGCACAACAGGUAGAAUCUCUUUAAAAUAUGGUUUGCUUGUGGGUUAGCCCAUCUGUCUCCUUUUCUUGAUGGAUGCUUUGCCUGCAUCUGUUUCCCUUUUUGAUUCGAUGCAGGAUUGUCUUAGAGCGCCCUGAAUAUGGCUAUGCCACAUAUUUCUUCGAGCUUGUGGAAUCUCUACCCAUUGACUGGCAGAUAAAGCGGUUGGUGACAGCUAUGAAGCUCACCAGUUGUAGUAGGGUCACGCUGAUUGAGAACAAGCCUUUGUUGGUAUAUAUUCCCUUUCCUUCCUUUGUUUGCCAUAAUUUCUUGAUGACUUUGGAGCGCACUCCUGUCUUUCUUCAAGUGAUGUUACUAUUCUCGUAUCAAACUGAAAUUCAAUGCAUCCGUUGAACAAAUGCGCAUCCAGAUUUGGUUUCUUUUAUGAAGUAAAAGGGAUACAACUGGUUGAAAUCGUGUUGGGCAGAAACCUGCUCCACAACACUUUGCACUGUAUAUAGAAUGAAUUGCUGCAGCAUGGUUACAGUGAUGGCCACAACCCAUGUUAUCAUCAAUUGAGCUCUUUUUUUCUUCUUUUUUUUUUUUUUUUUAAUGUGCUGCGCUGCUGCUUAGAUAAAGAUAAUUGUGCGCAUGAGUCAAUGUGAACUUAAAUAUUUUUAUGACAACAGUCAAAGUUGAAGAAAUGGAAAAUCAGGUGUUGGUGCGGAACUGAUUGCAUGAUGUUCAGACUCCAAAGUACUAAGCUUCUCAGCUCCCUGAUUCUGAGUCAAACCAUAACUUUUAGAGCGUCCAAUUGGCAUCACUGGCAGCAUUUUAAUGAGAACUCCGGAAUUCUUUCGAGAUUUUUCUCUCUUCUUUUUUUUUUCUGUUUAUAGGGGUCCCAUGACAUGCCUUGCAGAAAAAUGAACCGUAGUAGCUUCCUUCUGCAGCAGCACUGGGACAGGAGCUUCACCAGUCAACCAUACUAUGUAUAGUCCGAUUUGUCUUCGAUGCAAUUAGCAAGAUAAUGUCUGCAAACUCACAUCAAAUAAAGAGGAUGACCCUUUGUUUCAUUCAAAGUGCUUAACAAAAUUCUCUCUCUAGAUUCCAACCCUUUGAGAGAGAUUUUGAUGUCGGAUUCUUAGGCGGGCUGGGUCAUGCUCAAGAUUCUUUAUUUCCCAUAAAUCUACAUUUUUAUUUUUUUAUAUUUAUAGAAAUAUUCUGUGCGCCAUGAUUUAGAUUAAAUCCUCUAUUUAUUUUUUUAUCAGUUAUUGGCCAGGACUGACGCAUCAAGGACAUAACACCCCCUCUUACCGUUGGUCCUAUCAGGUUGGAUCCGACAUCUCCGAGGGAGAAGCCCGUGUUCUUGAAGAUUAUGGGUGGAGGCCGAACUGCGGGCUGGGCUCGAUGCUCAACUACUGUGACCGGGUGGUGCACGACCGGAGCCAUGAACGAAAUACUUCAGACUGGCGGGCCAAGAUAGGGAAGCUCCUGAUGGACGGCUAUGAUGGCGGGCGCAUCGUCCAGGCUGACCUCCCUAAGAAAGUCUUGGAUCUCUACACAGCAGUCAAGUUGGAGAGUUGA